AUGUACGACAACGCAGAAUUAGAGACGACCCUCUCGGAAAGAGCAUUGUGCGGCCGCGGCUUAAAAGAGUACGAGACGGGAAAGAUUCAGACGGCUCUCGCUUUGGGACGUGGUCAUAUCCAGGGAGUUAAGAACGUCAAGAAAUGGAAGCACGAGUUGCUCUUGAAGCAAGCCGACAACACCGGAUCUUUGGAGGCGCUCACGCAUCGCCUGAACGUCAAGCGAUUAGAGAUCCAACCAAACAAAGAGCCAACUGAGUUGCAAAAGAAAAUACUGACGAGCCUAGCCCAAGGUGUCGAGCGACUGAGAGCCAACCAAGUCGUCAUGGAUGGAACCAUUGCAACAUAUGAUAGCAAAGUCGCACGCGGUUUGGACAGGUGGCGGAAGGCUUGGACAGAAGUAGACAAAAUCCUAGCCAAAGUAUGGACAGAUGCAGGGCGUUUAAUGGCGGACGACGAUUCGGAUGCGGACAACGAAAGGCCACCUAGAGCGACUGAGUCAAAGAACGAAGUCGGACGAAACCGAGGCCGGGCGACUAUACCUGGCGAAGACGUGCCGUUAGCUGCACCGGAGGCAGAGCCCGCUCGACAAAGGCAGGCAGGAAGGCGAAGAAGCGAUAUCUCGGAAUGGCAAAACAGUGUCCAAGCCCAAAGCCCCACGAACCUCGACAAGGGGAAAGGUGACGACCCUAUAACAAUGGGGAUCUUCAAACAUCUCCGAGCUCGUCCCAAAACUCUAAUGAGUAUCUGCGAAGACCGUAUCGGGCAUAUCCGUCGCGCCCGCCGCCGCCGCCGCCGCCGCCUCCCCCACCACCACGUCAUGUCAACGAUGUCUCCAUGCCCAGCCACGCGCGACAACAAGCGCGUAAUCGUGACGCGCAUCGGGAACGACGAGAUCGAAGUCGGUCAAGCAGUCCAGGACGCGAACGAGGUACAUCUAGAGACGCACCAGACUAUCGGGAACGCAAUCACCGCGAAAGUCAGCAGCAUAGGACUCGCGAUGAAAGCGCCCGGAGGAUAA